CCCUACUUCAAUACAAGACCAAAAGGGUGCGAAGAUAAGAUCAGGAAGAAGAAAAGAGAGAAUGGAGACUUUCCCAGUUAUUGACAUGGAGAAGCUUAAUGGUGGAGAGAGAGGAGCGACCAUGGAUUUGAUAAAAGAUGCCUGUGAGAAUUGGGGCUUCUUUGAGUUGGUGAAUCAUGGGAUUUCCCAUGAUUUGAUGGACACUGUAGAGAAGCUGACAAAAGAUCAUUACAGAAAGUGUAUGGAGAAAAGGUUCAAGGAAAUGGUGGAAAGUCGGGGUCUGGACGCUGCUCAUUCCGAAAUCAAUGAUAUGGACUGGGAAAGCACCUUCUUCUUGCGCCACCUUCCUGUCUCGAACAUAUCAGAAAUCCCAGAUCUUGAUGAAGAUUACAGGAAGGCAAUGAAGGAAUUUGUAGUGGAUUUAGAGAAAUUAGCCGAGCAACUCUUGGACUUGCUGUGUGAGAAUCUUGGGCUGGAGAAAGGAUACCUGAAGAAUGCCUUCUAUGGAUCAAAAGGCCCAACUUUUGGCACAAAGGUCAGCAAUUACCCUCCUUGUCCCAAACCAGAGCUAAUCAAGGGCCUCCGGGCGCACACAGAUGCCGGUGGCAUCAUCCUUCUCUUCCAAGAUGACAAGGUCAGUGGGCUGCAGCUUCUCAAGGAUGGUAAAUGGGUGGAUGUGCCCCCAAUGCGCCACUCCAUUGUGAUCAACAUUGGCGACCAGCUUGAGGUUAUUACCAAUGGCAAAUAUAAGAGUGUAUUGCACCGUGUGAUUGCACAACCGGAUGGUAACAGAAUGUCAAUAGCAUCAUUCUACAACCCGGGCAGCAAUGCUGUUAUCUAUCCAGCGCCGACAUUGGUGGAGAAAGAAGCAGAGAAAAGCCAAGUGUAUCCAAAGUUUGUGUUCGAAGACUACAUGAAACUGUAUGCAGGAGUGAAGUUCUUGGCCAAGGAACCAAGGUUCGAAGCCAUGAAGGCAGUGGAAUCCACUGUUAAUUUGGCUUCUAUUGCCACUGUCUGAGCUCUCCCAUGACAGAAAGCAAAAAUGGUUAUAUGUUGUUUCUCAGUUUCUGUGGAUAAGCAUAGUCUUAGCAAUGAGUCUUGUCGUUUCUUUGUUGAGUCCUCAUGAUUAUGUUUUUAGGUGUGCUCUGUCUGGCUCAUGGUCAAGCUUUAUGGUUCUCCCAAUAGUUCCUGUCGUGUGAUGUAUGUAUGUUUGUAUGUCCUGUUGCUGUCGAAGCUGUACUGUUUAGAAAGUGAUAAAAACGUAUCCAUUUAGAUAA